UACUCUCUUAUCUGGGGUCUCUCCGCGUGGCGGAGGAAGAAGCCGUUCUCAGCGCUCUCCUCGCCGAACUCGCAUCAAAUCAGCGUCGCCUGAGCUCUCUCCUCGGCUGCGCAAUGCCGCUUCUCCACUCAAGAUUGGCAGUCCCAUGCCCGGCCCUCCACUGUGAUCGGAACAAUCUUCAGUGCCCACUCGUUGGGCAUGUUACAGACAUCAAAUUCAUGCGAUUCAUCUGUCCAAAGCAGAGCUGUUCACCUUCGUUUGCGGCGAUCUGUUCCACCACCGUACUUGACCCCCUUGGAUUGUCAAAGACGAUGGUUGAUCCGGGAGAGACAUCUGGAUCGCGGGAACGUGGCUGGUCAGAAGUCACGGCAGGUGCUCCUGAUAAUAACCGUGGGGAAGUAAAACUAAAUGGCGAGAUUGUCCCCUCAGGAUGUGUUGAUGACAAGAGCUAUAAGGAACGUGAGAGAAGGAGAAAAAUUGGAGAAGCCAACAAAGGGAAAGUGCCAUGGAAUGUUGGCAGAAAACACAGUGAAGAGACUCGAAAGCGAAUCAAGCAAAGAACAAUCGAAGCAUUGAGAGAUCCCAAGAUCAGGCAGAAGAUGUCUGAACAUCCCCGUACUCAUAGUGAUUUGAUCAAAGCAAAGAUUGGCUCUUCAAUUCAACGCAUUUGGAAAGAACGUUUAAAGCUUAAAAGGUCGAAAGAGAAAUUCUUCUCAUCAUGGGCAGACAGCGUAGCAGAGGCAGCUAAGACAGGAUGGAGUGAUCAGAGAGAACUGGACUGGGAUAGCUAUGACAAAAUAAAGCAUGAAAUCAAUCUCCAACAUCUUCAUCAGCUUGCUGAAAAGGAAAGAGCUAAAAACAUGGCAAAGAUGAGGAGGGCUCAUAAAGCAGCAGAGGCAAAAGCAGAAAAGAUAGCUAGGUUUGCUCAGAAGAGAAAAGAAAGGGAGGAAAAAGCUAAAGAACGAGGAAAGAUGAAAAGAGUACUGUGCAGAAAAACAAAGAAGAAGAAGAAAGAUGACUUAGCAGUUGCUCGAGGGAUGAAGCUCAAGAAGAGAUUGCUGAAGAUUAACCGAAACAGAUCCUUAAAAGUUGUCCAAGUCACUGGUCAAGGGGAUGCAGUUCUUGCUCAUAUUCCAGCCUGGGAGAAGCUGGAUUUAGAGCAUAUCAAGAGAGAAAAGGCACAAAGGAAACUUUCACUGGCUGAUCAGAUACAAGCAGCCAAAAAUCAAAGCAAAGUUCACAGCUUAGAGGCUUUUCACAUGCCAUCUUCAGUCCAUUCAUCCAGUGAAAAGUGAAGUCUCUGAGCUUUGCAUGCACAGCUGCCGGGUGUCCUGUCUUGCUGAAACAUGCGAUUAUGAAAGGAAAGGUGAUCAUUUUCUUAAUAAUGAAGAAUCUGCCCUUUCCAGCUAUAUAUUAUGUUGCAUAAUGCAAUCACUUUGUGCCAGGUGUUAUUUAUUAUUGUUGCUGAUUUUACCAGCCGACACUUGAGCUGAAAACUUGAUCGGUUGACCUGAGAAUCGAGAUGUAAACAGACUUGCUCAUUCCUCAGCUGAUUGGGUCUCACUAAAUUUGUUCUGAUUCUUUUAUUAUGCGUUUCUUCCUUGGGAAGUCGCAAGCUAGGCUAGAUGUCAUUACUUGCGGUUAGCAUUUAAUGUCUUUCUUAUCACUUGAAAUUUUGGAUCUUGGAAUCAAUUCAUUACAGCGUUCACUUAUUCAAAAAAGGAAGUUGCCUUUGGGUUUUUAAGUAUUUUAUAUGUUGUCACUAAUUUGGUUUGAAUAUUUUUACUAAGGUGGCAAGGAUGUGCUCGACAUUUUCAUUAUCUGGAGGUCACCUCGGUAAACAAAGGCGAGCUCCUUCACUUACCAGGGCACAUACGGUUGCUUGGCUCUGUUCCCGGUGUUUGUCUAUCAUGUGGAAUUGUGUUGUCAUCUCUCUCUCUCUCUCUCUCUCUCUCUCUCUCUCUCUCUGCGCAUCCUUGUGUCCUACACAGUGCUUGCAGUAAGAUGCAGCACCCUUGGCUGCGAAGCUGGAAGAAGAACCAGCUGGUGAAGCUGAGCGUCCUUUAGAAUUCAUUCAAAGCUUGUUUGUGCUUAUAGCUCGUAUAAAUUAAAUGCCAGAAAGCGCAAGCAAUUUAGGACAAAGGAACUUGUCGAUUUGAUGAUUUGUGUCCCUAUAAUCAGCAUCAUUUUAUUUUUUUCAA